UUCUUUAUUCCACGCAUAUUCUUCUUCUUCCCAAGUCAACAACCAAAAUUCAAACUGUCACAGUUAUACAAUAUUCUCACGUAACUGAACAAGAUUUUUUUCGAGAAAACACAACAAUGGCCAAAGCUCUGUUGUUCUUCUCUCUCCUCCUCAUCUCAACGCUUCUCUCGUAUUCGAGCCCCGAUCCUCCUACCCUCGCCCAUGCCGAGUUAACGAACUACGGCUUCCCGAUCGGGCUGCUUCCCUCAUCGGUGCAAACCUACUCUUUGAACCAGACUUCCGGCGAGUUCUCCGUGCAGCUUGUUGGUGUAUGUAAAUUAACGCUCCCUCCAGACAACUAUUUGGCUACCUACUCUAGUAAAAUUAAGGGGAAGAUCGAGCAAGGUCGGAUCGCGAAGCUGGAUGGUAUUCGGGUCAGGGCUUUCUUCAAGUGGUGGUCCAUCACAGGGAUCCGGUCCAGUGGGGAUAAUUUGGUGUUUGAAGUUGGAAUGGCCUCUGCCAAGUUUCCUAGUAAAAAUUUUGACGAGAGUCCUGACUGUGACGGCCAGAAAUCAGCCUCUUAAUCUAGGAAUGUUCAUUGUUGAUUGGAUGAAUGGGAUCAAAACUUACUAUGCAAAUUUAUUCGUCUUCUUCUUUCUUUGCAGAGCUUCCCAUCUACUGAAGAAAUUAUGUUAAAGAGUCUUGGCAUAUGAAAGUAAUAAACCGUGGAAAACUCACUUAUUUUUUUGUAUGCAUUUAACUAUUUAAUGAGUCUCUUUUGUGUUGGAUAGGAAAAGGCUGCCCUUUUCUAUAUGAUAUGUAUGAGCUGUAAAAUAUAUCUACAGGAUGGUUAUGACCUGGUGCACCAACUGAAUAAUUUAUUUUUCUGUAAUGGUUUACAGUGAUAUAUAUUUUGGGUAUAUGUAA